AAAGUAAUUAUUAUUUUUUGUUACGAAUACUUUUUUUGUUAUAUAUUUUUAUAGUUUUUAUGAUUAAAUAUUACAUGAUACACGUAUAUAUGAGUUGUAAUUUUUUACUAGUGUCACGCUGCGUAUAUGGAUAUGGGUGUUGCAGUUAAAAAAAAAACCAGCUCCCCGACUCCGACUGUAAGAUUUUCUCCGACUACUGCUAUCAUUGAUCGCCAGGGCAUCCUUAGAACAGAAGGACGUCGGCAACCGAAAGCCCAAUCUGAAAACAAUCGGGACAAUAUUUUUGAAGACAAGUUUACUUCAAGUCGAAUAUGGAUAUUAUCGACAGUUGUGUUACUCUGUGGAAUUGUUGCAUUGACCUAUCGUGGCUAUUUAGAUACAAGAGCUGUCAACUAUCCCUAUGAAGGGCCUAAAGUUAUACAGAAAAAUAAUGACCUAACACUAUGGGGUACUUACAGACCAGGUGCUUACUUUGGAUUACGCACUAAGGAACCAUUGGGAAAAGGUUCUGUCGCUGCUGGCCUUAUGUGGUAUACACAAAAUAGUUUGAUGAGGACUGGAUCAAUAGACUCUUCAAUUCGUCAUAUGUGUGAUAAUGCUCACGAAAAUUUAGUAUAUGGUUAUGUGGAGCAUGAUGCUGUAAAUUAUGGACAUCAAGUAAUCAAUGAUGGAAAAGAAAAUGGUUUCAAAUUACAAACUAUAUUUUUGAGACCAAAUAAUAAUAGAAAAGCAGAUGCAUCGAAUACUGAUUGGACUACACGAAUUAUAUAUGAAACAAAUAAUUCUGUGUCAUCAGUGUCUCUAGUAUGGUAUGUAUAUAUUGAUCCUGGAGAAGAUGAACAGUUAUUGAAUAAUGAAGAAUAUUCUCUUGGCAUACUAAAAGGUGUAGAUGGUAAACUAGGAACUCCUUUAGUAACAAUUAUGGGCUCUACUCCAAGUCUAAGUGACUUUAAAAUGUCUGUUAUUCCCAUACCACCUAAUGAUACAAAUAAUUUAAGUAUACCAACAGUGCAUAUAAACACAAGUAUGAGUAGCUUAUGGUGUCCCAACGCGGCGAUGUUGAAGCAAUGCUUAGCAAAAUCAAUGGCUAUUAGACGGCAACCAGUUAAAGAGCCUGGAAUUAGUUCACAAAUAAUGCUUGUAGAUGAGAAGUAUAGUAUACACGAUAAUAGUCAAACUUCUAAUCUUUUGAACAAUUUUGUUGCUUUACAAGUAACAAUCAGUCCUAAUACUAAUAAAGAUAUUACAUCUAAAUUUAGAAGUUAUUCUUUAGAUGUAGCAUAUACUCAAAAAAAUAAAUACAUAAAUAAAGCUUUAUUUAAAGACUUAUCACCUAUAUUGGUGGGCAAUAAAUUUAGUUCAGUCCAUACUGAAUACAGUAAUAGAUUUCAACAAAAAUUUCAAAAUACAUUUCCAAUUAAAAUGAAAGAUAAUACUGCUGAUAAAUCUUUAUUGCUAGAUUUUGCAAAAGUUACUUUUAGUAACAUGGCUGGAAGCUUAGGAUACUUUUAUGGAUCAUCCCUAGUUAGAGAUGACGAUGAUGAGAACAAUUUAAGCAAUGGCGGUGUAUCAGAAAUAGAUAUAGUGGAUGCCGUAAAGUAUUGGAGAGCUGGACUUCUUACGGCAGUCCCAUCGAGAUCACAGUUCCCUAGAGGUUUUUUGUGGGAUGAUGGUUUUCAUGGUCUAAUGUUGGGAAGAUGGAGUGUUGAGUUACAACUGCAAAUUUUAGGCCACUGGAUGGAUUUGUUAAAUCACCAGGGAUGGAUACCUAGAGAACAGAUUCUAGGCUCAGAAGCCAGAUCCAGAGUGCCAGAAGAAUUUGUGGUUCAAAGUUCUCGAGCUGCCAAUCCACCGGCACUGUUACUUACUGUUGACUUAUUACUAAGACAGAUUAAACAACGUCGUCAGGCCAAAGAUGAUAUAUCUAAUAAUAAAGAACAAUUAAACUUUGAUGAAGUUGAUACUACAUUAAAAAAAUUAUAUCCAAGACUAAAAGCAUGGUAUACAUGGUUUAACCGUACUCAAAAGGCUGUAAAUAAUUAUACCAAACAUUCGUCCAAUCCUAAUGAGUUUCAUCUAGAUAAAAAAUUUAUUGGAUAUCGUUGGAGAGGACGUGAUGCAAUGACUAACAAGGAAUUGAAUCCAAAAACAAUGAGUUCGGGAAUGGACGAUUACCCUAGAUCAUCUCAUCCUGUCAACGAUGAUGGAACUUCAAACAUAGAUAAUAUUUUAAAUAGAGUAAAUGAUUUUGAUUUUGAUGCUUCUGAACGCCAUGUUGAUUUACAUUGCUGGAUGGCCCACGGUGCACGAAUAAUGAAUAAUCUUCUCAAUUAUCUACAACCAACAAGUAUAACUAAUUUUAAAAAUAAAUAUUCAAUACAUUUUUGGAUGUUGGUUGAAAGUUUGGAUCGUUUGCAUUGGGCACAGGGAAACAACGACACAUCUAAAACUCCAAUGUAUGCUGAUUAUGGUAUACACACAGAUGAUGUUAGAUUAGAAAAAUUAAAAGGAAUACAAGAUUCUGUGAGGGUAGUGGGACGAAAGAGUUCCCCUAAGUGGCGUUUUGUUGACUCACAUGUGGGGUAUAAUGCACUAUUUCCUAUGUUUUUUCGAUUAGUGAAGAAUUCCCAACGUUUAAAUGCAAUUCUAGACUUAAUCGAAGGAAUUAAUAAUGGCAGUACUGGAAAUCAUAGUUUACUGACUAAACGUUGUGGCUUAAGGUCUUUGUCAAAAAGUUCACCUCUAUACAGAGUAAGAAAUACUAUGCAUGACCCUCCGUACUGGCGUGGCUCUGUUUGGAUUAAUAUGCAAUACUUGGCAUGUUCAUCUUUACACUACUAUGCCAAUCUUCCUGAAGACACCGAGUCCACUUAUGGAAAUAAUGAUGAAUACGAAAACUUAGAACCAAUACGGUACUUAGAUGUGAAAACUAAGCAAAGAUGUACCAGAUUAUAUGAAAAAAUACGCAAUGAUGUGAUUCAAUGUGUGUACAAAGAAUGGAAGCGUACUGGUUAUGUAUGGGAACAAUAUGAUGAUGAACCUAUAUCAGAUAACAUAUUAGGUUUAAUUCAUAAGGGCAAAGGAACUAGGCCAUUCACAGGAUGGUCAGCAAAUGUUGUGCUCCUAAUGGCUGAAAUUUAUUAAAUCAUUUUAAACGUGUAUCAUAUUUAUUUUUGUUGUAUGAAUACAAUCAAGUACACACUUCAUAUUAAAAAUGUACACUUAUUAGGGAAUUCAGUGGUGGAUCUAUGAUUUUGUUUUAGGAGGGGCCAAACAUGUUAUAAUUAUGUUAUUUUGUUACUCAUAAAUUCAUGUCAAAUCAUAUGCAAAGACAUCUGAUUGGCCAUGGGAGGUCCAGGCCCCUCUUCCCCCCCUUUAAAUCUGCCACUGAGGGAAUUAAUAAUUAUUUUAUUUUUAUUAUACUAAUAGAGUUAGUUGGGAGGAUGUCAGUGCAAUAUUUGAUUCAACAAUUUUGUUUAAACAUACAAAAAAUGUUUUGCGGGAACGCAUUUUAUCCAUCUUGCCUUUGAGCAGUGUUUUUAAAUUACAGUUGUAAUCUUUUGCGAGAAUAUUUAGUAAUUUUCGUUUAUUUCUUCAAGAUUUAAUGUUAGAGACUCAAAAAAGGACAAAUGGUUAAAACCGAACAUAGCAUUUACUAACAUUCUACACAUUUUAAUUAAAUUGAGCCAAAAUCAGAUAAACUCACAACUUAUUAUAUUCUAAAUCUAGAUAAAUAAUUGUUAUUGCUUACUAAGCAAUAACUGUACUAUUAAUUAUGUAUUUGACCCACAAGUCUUAGUAUUACACUUUUUGAUCACACAUAAUUUGUAAAAAGUAGAAAAUAAUUGCUUAAA